GGCAGUUUCAUCCACAUUGUAGCUGACACUACUCAGCUGCAGACAUGAACAACCAAGGCGUGACUUAUGCGGAACUCCAUCAUGCUAAGGGCUCAAAAAGACAGCAAGUGCAACCUAAGGGCACAAAAAGUUCCAUUUCAGUAACUGAGGAGGAGAUAGCCUAUGCAGAAUUAAAUCUUCAAAAUGCUUCUCGGGACCUUCAAGGGAAUGGCAAGAACUCUCCCUGCAAAGAUUUAUCAUCAUGUCCAGAGAAGCUCAUUGCUGGGAUCCUGGGAAUCAUCUGUCUUGUCUUGAUGUCCACUGUGGUAAUACUAGCUGUUAAUCCCGGUACUGACACACCGGAGCAGAAUAAUUCUUCCCUGGAAACAAGGAUCCAGAAAGCACAUCACUGUGGUCGUUGUCCAGAAGAGUGGGUUACGUAUUGCAACAAUUGCUAUUACAUCAGCCCUGAAAAAAAACCGUGGAAUGAGAGUUUGAUGUCCUGUGCUUCUAAAAACUCUAACCUGCUCUCCGUAGAUAAUGAAGAGGAUGUGAAGUCCUCGUCCAAUUUUAGACAUGAGCUCUUUUUUGAGUUUGUAAGACGUGAAGAGAUUUUGGAUGCUGUGACUAUCAUUUUUACCCUCACAUUGGAGGUUUUAAUGACGCAAAUGCAUUAA